CCAGUCCAGCCCCGUUCCCGCCCCGUUCCACCCCCGGAUCCAGCCCCGGUGCAGCCCCGGUGCAGCCCCGCGAUGUCGCCGCGCUCCGCCCGCCUGGCGCGGCUGUCGCGCUCCGUCACCUUCAGCGCCUGCCACCGCCUGCACAGUAAAUCACUGAGUGAUGAAGAAAACCUGAAGCUGUUUGGGAAAUGCAACAACCCAAAUGGCCAUGGACACAACUACAAAGUGACAGUCACGGUGCGUGGAGAGAUUGACCCAGUCUCAGGAAUGGUUAUGAACCUGACAGACCUGAAGGAAUACAUGCAGGAGGCCGUCAUGGAACCGCUGGACCACAAAAACCUGGACAAGGACGUGCCGUUCUUCGCCGAGGUGGUGAGCACCACAGAGAACGUGGCCGUGUUCAUCUGGGAGAGCCUGCAGAGGCUCCUGCCCCCGGGCAGCCUCUACAAGGUGAAGGUGCACGAGACCGACCACAACGUCGUGGUUUACAAAGGGGAAGAGGCAAAGGCUGGGGACUGAAAUGAGAGCCUCAGCUCAGCUGGUCACAGACUGUGCCACAGGAUCAGAGCAGUGGGUUAUUUCCACCCUGCUCAUUGUGAUUCACGCACCAAGGCCUUGGUCCUGUGUUGUGUGAGCACAAACACCCCAGAAUUCCUGCAGCAGUCCAGCCCCUCUGCUUCCCAGAGUCUGUUCAUCUCGUCUCCAGAUGUCUUGCAAACCCAAACCACCAGGCUGAUGUGAAAUCUGUAACUGUAACUGUUCAAUAAAGCAGCUUUUCAGCAAAAUGAUAUUUUGGCAAAAUGUAUGUCAUGUCCAGUCUCAAAAAGCUUUGAUUUUUCUCUAAUUAAA